AUGUCUCAACAACCAAGCAAAACUCAAGCAAAUGCUGAAUAUGAUAGUGGCGCCGUAAAAGAUAAUGUUGGAAAAGCCAUCGGCUCCGAAAAUUAUCAAGCUCAAGGCAUGGAAAACAAAGAAAGAGGAAAUGCUGAAUAUAAUGCAGCUGAAACCAAUAAAGAGAAAGGACCUUCCAAAACAACAGGUCAACUUCACGCCGUAAAAGGCGCAGUAAAAGAAACAUUAGGGUCAGCUUUAAACAAACCCUCGCUUGAACAAUCCGGUGCUCAUGAACGUAGAACCGGAAAUCAACAAGUAGAAACCGCAAAAGCCGGAAAUGUCGCUGGAGGUACUACCGAUAAAGUAAAAGGGGCCACAAAGGAAAAAGUUGGCCAAGUUACAGGAGAUCCACGAUAUGAAGCUGAAGGAAAAGAGGUCUAUAAUACUCUCAAGUAUUGGCAUAUGGAAUUUUCUCAGAAGAGACCCACGGAAUGUUAUUCUGAUUUCAAGGCCGCUGAUGACUGGAAAAAAAAGAAAUUAUUAAAUAAUCCAAACAUACCUUAUACGAACCACCAUCCAAAUGCCCAUUACACGAGUCGUCCCUUACAACUUCCGGAAGUUAUUAAUGAUUUUACAUCAAAUCAAAAUACUCAUCUCGAAAAUUUUGCACGUGGUGAGAAAAGUAUUUACCGUCAGUUAUUUUGUUUAAUGCCCAUUCAAUUAAUUAUUUACGAUAUCGAUAUUUAUUAG